AUGGUUGUAAAUGUGACUGUCGACAACAACAGCAAGCGUAACAACAACAGCAGUAAGUGUUUGCUUUGCUCAUCGCGCUUGUUGUGUUCAUCGCUGGCAGCUGUGGCCAAAGCUGUAAGUGGCAAAAGCGCAGAGCAGCGCAUAGAUCAUGACUUUGGACUAGGGCUGGAGAGCGAGCAUGAGGUGCAUGAGCAUCAUGUUCAGCAUGAGCAUCAUGAGGGCUAUUGGAAGAAGAAGGUGACAUGGAAAGAGGGCUGGAAGAAGAUAUGGAAGCCAGCCAAGAAGCAAAUCUGGGUGCCUUCUUAUAAGAAAAUCUACAAGCCGCAUUGGGUCAAGGUGCAAGGCUGGAAAGAAAUACAAGUGCCGGAGUGGAAACAGUACUGGACGCCGGAAGUCAUUAAGGUGGGCAUACCUGGCGAAAAGUUUUUGGGCAAAGAUCCAGAGGGCUGGGAGUAUACUAGCCAUGAUUUGUGGAAGAAGAAGGUGGUGUGGAAGUCGCACUGGAAGAAGGUAUGGAAGCCAGCCAAGAAAGAAAUCUGGACAGAUAAGCUGGAAUGGAAGGAGGCGUGGAAACAGAUCUGGGUGCCUGGCUAUAAAGACAUAUGGGUGCCUGGCUGGAAGAAAAUCUGGAAGCCUGUAGUCAUAAGCGAGUGGUUCCCAGCGCCCGAUCACCAUCAUCAGCAUCAUCAUCAGCCUGACUGGGAUCGCAAGGACAAUGAUAUAAGCAAAGUGGUGUGGAAACGCGAAGCCACAGGGCGGGGGAGUUCGACGCGCUUGCAGCCAGUUAGUGGGCUCUUGCCCAACAAGUCACAGGCUUUAAGAAUUCCGGGUGCGUAG